CCGAAACCAAACCCGCCCUCGAAAGAAAGAUUGCAUUUUUUUUCCUUCAGGGCAAUCAGACAACCGGAGUUCGAAUUCUCCGAUAGUGUUUCCCGGUGCCUUCGUCGGAGAAAAAAAACUUCCGAACAAAACUAACAGCCCAGCCCCAGCCUGGCUCUAGGUAGAAAAAAUGAAGAAGUAUGGAUUGCUGCUAAGACAACCACAGCAGAAAAAGCCACCACGGCCUCCACCUCCUACGGCGCUAGGAUUCGGCGACGACGACGAAGACGACGUGGAGAAGGAGAUUUCACGGCAGGCUGCUAAGAACAAAUCUCUCAAAGAUAUUGAGGAGCAGCAUAAGAAAGCAUUAGAAGAAGACCCAUCAGUGUUUGAUUAUGAUGGAGUUUAUGACGAGAUGAAGCAGAAAAUUGCUCAGCCGAAAGCCCUAGAUCGCCAAAAGAGAGAGUCUAAAUAUAUCAAGACUUUGAUGGGGAAGGCAGAAGAACGAAAACGACAACAUGAUGUAAUAUUUGAGAAAAAUCUUGCGAAAGAAAGAAGUAAAGAAGAUCACUUAUUUGCAGACAAGGAUAAGUUUGUGACAGCUGCUUAUAAGAGGAAACUUGCAGAGCAGGAGAAAUGGAUGGAGGAAGAGCGUUUGCGUGAACUUAGAGAGGAGAAAGAGGAUGUUACCAAGAAGAGUGACUUGAGUGACUUCUAUUUCAACCUCGGUAAAAAUGUUGCACUUGGUGCGAAAGAUUUACUGUCCAAGAAGCAAGAGAAACAAGAUAAGCAAACUGAAUUUAGGAAGCCAGAGAAGCCUUAUGAUAAAGUAGCUGGUGAAACGUCUGACAGAAAUCAUGCACUGACAGACUCAAAGUUUGCAUUGGAUUCUUCCAGUGUGAAAGAGGCACAUCAAAAGGAAACUUCCCCUCCAAGAAGAAGUUCUGAACCAUUAGAUCCUGAGCCAGUUUCUGAUAAACCAAUUUCAGGCACUUCAACAGAAGUAAAAAAUCCAGCUGAACAAUCAUCAGCCAAUCAACCAAAUCCUGAUCAUCAUAAAAGAAAUCAAGAUGCACUGGCUGCAGCUAAAGAACGGUUUUUGGCACGGAAGAAGGCAAAGCAGCAGUAAAGUCUCUGUUUCUUUCUUGGGUAUGUGAUGUGAUUGAGAUGCAAGAGGAAUAUUUUUUUUUCCUGUCCUAAUUAAAGCCAUCAGUUUAUGUAGAUUGCAUGUUUUCCCAAGGGUAACUGCUGGAUGCUACUGUAUGUCCAUUGAGAUCUUCGAACUCUUUCUUUACCAUUGAUGGCUUAAACAAUGGAAGCGUUCAAAUAAAUUAAUUUGACCGAUGGCCCCUGCAAGGAAA